UUAAAUUCCAAACUACAGGCCAGAACGAUCAAUUUCCAUGGACGGAUGAAAUCUGGUUGGAGAAUUUGAAGUUUCUUGAGCUGUAUGGAAACAACAGAAAAAGCAAAUGUUUGUGAAGAAGAAAGGGACGGAAUAACUGCAAAUUUCUCCAAUCGGGUGGUGGAAAACCCUCUUUUUUAAAGAGUAGAGGAGAAUUCAAGUCGAUUCCAUUUAUCCACAGUAAGAUUCCCGAGGAAGCUUGCCAACAAGACUUUCCCAACAAGACAUGGACGUCAUGUGCAGCGGCCCCACCAACUAAAAACAGAAAUCAAAAUAGAGAACUUUAUUUCGCAUUCGUAAUAAAUACUUAAAAACUCGCGCAUAUCUUGGUUUCCUGGAGAGCCGCAGAGUUACACCCUGCUGGCACACUCAUCGAUGAAAUACCCAAUACGGAGUACAUACGGCAAGGGCUUUCUUUUAACCAGAGCUGUUUGGUUUUAACUCACGCGGUAACAAAAAUAGCACUUCCGCCAACUCGACUUUGACGCCGGGGUUGACCUGCGGACGUGGCGGACAAUUUGUUUGCUAUUUUCAUCUCUGCAAUCUUCGGGGGACAUUCUCGUAUAAUGACCCAGGCUGUUAAGCAGCCCGAUCUAAAGAUCCAGAGAGAGGCAUUGCAUUUGCUGGAUAUGUAGUUGUAAUGGUGGUGUUUUUGAGGGAUGCGGGUAUUCGAACCGGAGACGUGUUUGAGGGCGGGGGUUUUGAAGAAGCAGAGGAUUUGAAUGUGGAUGAUAGCGUGUGCUUGUAGGUGGAGGGAGAUACAAUGUCUGCGCCGGUUACGCCAUAUGACCGUCCGCGCAACAGGGUUUCGAAUACGGUUUUUAAGAGCGGACCACUUUUUAUAUCAUCCAAAGGGUUAGGGUGGAAAUCGUGGAAAAAGCGGUGGUUUAUUCUUACGCGAACAUCUUUGGUCUUUUUUAAGAAUGAUCCUAGUGCUCUUCCUCAGAAAGGCGGAGAAGUGAAUUUAACUCUGGGGGGGAUUGACCUCAAUAAUUCAGGAAGUGUGAUUGUUCGAGAAGAUAAGAAGUUAUUGACUGUACUUUUUCCAGAUGGACGUGAUGGACGAGCCUUCACACUUAAGGCAGAGACUUUAGAAGAUCUGUUUGAAUGGAAGACAGCACUAGAACAUGCUUUAGCUCAGGCACCCAAUGCAGCCCUUGUUAUGGGUCAGAAUGGUAUAUUUCGAAAUGACUCUGCUGAUGCAAUAGAUGGAUCUGGAGAACAUUGGAGGGACAGGCGGCCUGUGAAGUCUUUAGUUGUGGGUAGGCCAAUUCUUCUUGCAUUGGAGGAUAUUGAUGGAAGUCCUUCCUUCCUGGAGAAAGCUUUAUGCUUCAUUGAGCAAUAUGGAGUUAAAGUAGAAGGUAUCUUGCGUCAGUCUGCAGAUGUUGAUGAGGUGGAUCAUCGGGUCCAUGAAUAUGAGCAAGGAAGGAAUCAAUUUUCACCAGAUGAAGAUGCUCAUGUUGUGGGUGAUUGCAUCAAGCAUGUGCUGAGGGAGUUGCCAUCAUCACCAGUUCCAGCCCCAUGCUGUACUGCGCUACUAGAAGCACAUAGAAUGGAAGGUAAGGAGGCUCGAAUUGCUGCAAUGCGGUUGGCUGUUGCUGAGACAUUUCCUGAGCCAAAUCGCCGAUUGCUGCAGAGGGUUUUGAAGAUGAUGCAUGCUGUGGCAUCAUACACAUCAGAGAACCGGAUGACAGCAUCUGCAGUUGCAGCUUGUAUGGCACCCUUGCUACUAAGGCCUCUUUUGGCAGGUGAAUGUGAACUCGAGGAUGAAUCAGAUCGGAGUGGUGACAAUGCAGCUCAGCUACUUGCUGCAGCUGCGGCAGCAAAUAAUGCUCAAGCAAUUGUGACUACUCUUUUGGACGAGUAUGACAGCAUAUUUGUGGAUGAUCAAACACAACAAAGCCCUGCGUCACCUGAAAUGUAUCCUCAAAUGGAAGACAGUGGCAGUGAAGGCUCAACAGACGAUGAAGUACUGCAGAUACGAGAAGAUGGAUUUCAUGAUGCACAGAAUGAUCUUGAGGCUGAGCUUGAGGAUGACCCUGAACGUGUGCUUAGUGGUACCCUCAGUGAAAGUAGUGGGAAUGCGGGCAGUGACUUGUAUGAUUACAAGGUUUUUGAAGGUGGUGACUCUGAUGUUGAGUACCCUGGAGACAUGGAACAUUCUGCCACUAAACUGAAAGUAUCUAAAGAUUCGUUUUCUCAGUCUGAGCAAUUAACUGGGGAACAAGGAGGCAUUUAUGUUGAAGGUGGAAAUGAUGAAAAUCAAGGCAGUUCACCUAACGGAAGUAGAUUACCACCCUGGGGAAAUGGUGUUUCACCUUCUUCAAGUCCUAAACAUGUUUUAUCCACUACUGGUCCUGGCAUAAGCAAUGGGAAAAUUGUAAAUAAAUCCAAUGGAUCUGUAUCUGCAGUAAAGCGUCCAUCAAUUUGGAACCGGAAUACUAUGAAUAAAAAGAAUCAAUCAUCAGAACCAACAGAAUCUUCAGAAGAAGAACGUGUUAUUCAGAGGCUUGAAAUGACCAAAAAUGAGUUACGAAACAAGAUUGCUAAAGAGGCCAAGGGAAACGCAGUUCUGCAAGCUAGUUUGGAGAGAAGGAAGCAAGCUUUACAUGAACGUCGCUUAGCACUUGAGCAAGAUGUUUCAAGGCUCCAAGAACAGCUACAAGCUGAGAGGGAUCUUAGAGCAGCAUUGGAGAUUGGACUCAGUAUUUCUUCUGGAAAUUUUUCUAGUUCUCGUACGAUGGAUUCUAAGACAAGGGCAGAACUAGAAGAAAUAGCGCAUGCGGAAGCAGAUGUAGCAAGGUUAAAGCAAAAGGUUGCUGAACUACAUGUUCAACUGAAUCAGCAGCGCCAACACUAUGGCUCACUGAUUGAAACAGGCGACCGUUAUCAGCAUGUAAAGAGUCUUCAAGCACAGCAGAAAAUUUUGCAGCAGGAUGUUGAUUUGACACUUGCUAUGUGCCAUCAUGAAAGGCAAAAGAACAGUGAGCAGGAUAGUGUCAUGGGAAGUGACUGGCGCACGUCAAGGCCACCUACUUUACCUUCUGUGAAGAAUAGACAACUCCCAUGGAGGCACCGGCCUGAUUCAAUGAGCCCUGUUGAUUCUAAAAGCACAGAAGCAUCAACAAGCCUUUCAACAGAAGAGAUAACAAACGAGCCAGAUGUCCAUAGUGGUAUCAAAUCAAAUCUCAUAGAAGCAGAGGGGACAGAUUCUGCUGCAUACCAGCGCCAACCAAUUGCUUCUUCUGCCUUAGUUGAAUUAACUACACGGCUGGACUUCUUCAAGGAGAGAAGAUCCCAACUUAUGGAACAACUUCACAAUCUUGAUCUUACAUUUACUCCAGCUUCUCACGGUUUCAUGUACACUACAUCUCCUCCUUGGACUAGCCCACAAUGAGAAGUUUUUCUUUAUAGAGGCAGGCUCAAUUUUAGUAAAUUGUGGGUUUGUUUCCUUGUGUAUAUUGGGAGUUUUUUUUUUGUUUUUAUCAUAUACAGAUUCAUUUGAAUCUCCCGUCCAUUGGGUAUGUCACUGGAUUGCAUCAUGUAUAUUCUUGGAACAGCAUAACAGAGUCUGUGCCAAAUUUGUUUUUUUCUGUAGCAGUUGAAAGGUGGCCAUGUUAAUACAAUGUUGUCUUGUAUUCAUAAGCUUCUGUUUUGGGAAUGAGUGCUUUGUUUGCACGAGGACUAUAAAGCAUAAUCAUUCAACAUGUAUCAAAAAGUUGUACAAUAAGAUUGAUUUUUGUGCAACAUUCAGUAUCUUGUUAGUGGUUA